GGCUACCAUCUCUGGUUACCCAAACCGGCAGCAAAGCCACCGCCGGAGUCCACCUCUCUAAUCUCUCAUCAUGUCGACGGCGGCUGCAUCUCGGCCCAGCGGCCCCGUCCUUCUGAGCCCCUUUCCCAACUACCAAUCCGCCUCGCUCUCCCGUGUCAAGCUCUCCGCCGGCGGCUCGCCGGUCAAGUCCUUCAGCGUCUCGUCUCCCCCAUCAUCCCCAACCGCCGCCCACAAGAUCCGUCGGUCCUGCAUGUGCUCCCCGACGAACCACCCGGGCUCGUUCCGCUGCAGCCUCCACAAGGAGCGCAAGCAGGAGGCCCCGGCCGCCGGCAGCUGCAGCAAGCGCACGGCGAGCCCGUUCGCGCAGCUCGUCCCCAGCGGCAGCGGCUGCUCUAAGCGCCCGGACAGCGGGCUGGCGCGGCGCGUUCCCAUGGGAAGCGGGCACUGGGCACGCAAGGCGCUCGUGCCGUCCCCCGCGGUGCAGCAGGUGCAGCACCGGAAGCGAGUGGUGGAGCGGUUCCACGCCGGGCCCAGCCGGCUCUCCGCCGCCUCCAUGGCCGGCCGCAGCAACCAGUAAAAACAACAACAUCGUCGACAUGCCAUAGCAGCGAGAUACGUAUAUACUGAACAUACUGUCAUAGGAAAGAAGUUCCCCGAAUAAUCCCGUUCGAUGUAUAGAAGGAAGAUCGGUGGGGAUUAGGCCGGCCCAGAAGAUUGGUGUUUUAAGACCCAAUUCGAUUCCGGGCUGGUCAAUUAGCUAACCAGUAGAUACUGCACAUAGUGAGUUCGUCUUCGUCGUCUCUGCUCCACUUGUACAUAGAAGGAAGUACAUCAAUACAAUGAGUGACAAAUUGCAGACACGCAUACAUGCAUCCGAUCUGAUCUGUUGACGGGAGGCUUAUCCAUCCAUUGAGUGUGGGUGACGGGAGGCUUAGUACAAUGAUUUGCCGCAACCA